AUGGGCGAAGACACAGAAAGCGCACUGCGCGGAAUCCAAAUAUUCCUCGACGCCCAAGCGAUGUCCGCCGUCUCCGGCUUCGGCCUCCGACACGCCGCCUACUGGAUCGCCCUUCGCCAAGAAAUCAUCACAGCCUUCAGCAAACAACGCACCUUCCGCCUCCCCCUCGGCCCCUGUGAGCCCUACCGCUCCUUCGAGCCCGCAGACGACUACGUCUGGGCCGACCGCCUCGUCAUCCACUGCGCCGACGUCCUGCAAUACUGCUUCGGAUCAGAAGAAGAACACCUCCCCGACACACAUACCCAACCCCAAUUCGGUUCCUCCAUGGGCAUCCUCCACCCCGUCCCGCCAACCGACAUGCGCAUCGCGCGGUACGACGAACUAGUCAGUUUCGAAUCACUCUGGAGCGAGCUCGGCCCGCCGAGUUUCAAGCCCAUCUACACGCGUGAACCGGACCGGUCACGCGGUGAGGUCUUCCCCGAACUCUGGUAUUUGAAUAACUGCCACGUGGCGGGGUUGCAAUUUCUCGAGCUGGCGCGCAUUUUGCUGGUCGUUUAUAAUCCCAAGUUGCCGCGGCUGGGGCCGAGUCAGCGGACGGCGAUGCGCUCAGUGGAUCGGAAGGUCAGGUCGAUUGUCUUGAGGCUUUGUGGGAUGGCGCUUUCGAAUCAGCAUUCGCCGCCGGGUCUGGUGACUGCUUCUGUUGCGAUUGGGAUGUGUGGCGAUCGGUUUACGGAGCGGAUUGAGCAGGAGGCGUUGCUUGGGGUUUUGGCGAAGCUUGGGGAUGAGCAUGCGUAUCCUACGUUCAGUACGCAGGAAUUGUUAAAGAGGGCGUGGGGUUGGGAUGGGUAUGAUGGGUCGGAGUAA